UGCUUCUGCCCACAUCUCGCAGAGGAACAUCAACUGAAGUAAUGGCGUCUACCAUUGUGCUGACCAGCGUGUUGCUGCCGCUUAUAUUGCUUUUUCUCCAAGGAAGCUAUGCGGCUGAUGAUGUGGAAGCUAGACGCGAUACAUUGGCAUGCAACCGGCUGACCCAAACAUGCAGUUAUCCGGAAAGUUGCCAAUGCGACUGGCAAUCAGGCCCCGGUGAGGUGGUUCAGGACUUGGUUCACUACAACCCAUCAACCAACCAGUGUGUACAAGGAGGAAAGGUAGCCAACUGCAACGGAUUUACCAGAAUGAACCAGUGCGAGGCUUCCUGCGUAAACAACGUUAGGGGGCGUUAGCCGCAUACGUUAUUACCAUCCUUUGAUGCGUACGUCGUAAUAAAGUAGUUGAUAAAAGUA